UGCAGACUUGAUCUUAAAAUUAUCGCUUUGAUAUUAGGCUGAGGAUUUUUGCAGAGUGGCACUCUGGUUGUUCUCACGUAACUGCACUGCUCUUAACCUGCAGUGCUGACUUUAUAUAAUUUGAUAUUUUUAGGAGAAAAAUUGUACAGUUUUUAUCACAGUAACUUUAGCACUUGUGAUUGCAGGCAUGAUAAAUAGGGAUCCACUGAGUUAAGUACUGCUAGGCCUGGAAUUAAAACAUUGACUUGGUAUCUGUUUGUUAAAGUGCUCUGUUGCAAAUAUUAUAUGAAUUGUAGCAGAUAUUCAGAAAUCACUUAAAGCAACAUAACAACAAAUCAAUUAAAUAGGAUGUCUAACAUUGAGGAAGACUGAAUUUUCUGGUUAAAUAUUUAAACCUGAAAACCUCUCACUGGUAAUUUUUUUUUUUACGACGCAUUUUUUGUAACAUAGCUCCUAUAAGCUGACGGUGAAGGAAGGACUUUUGUUAAUAAAAAACUUGCAUAUGAAAAAGAUAUGGCAAUUCAUUCAUAAUGUCAGUCUCUUUUCUCAGUCCACUCCAAUAGAAAAGGACUAUACCAUAGACUGGAAUAAGAGGCUUGGAUCAGGAAUCAGUGGACCAGUCAGGUUGUGCACUUGUGUCAAAACAGGAAAACAAUUUGCCUUAAAAUGUCUCCUGGAUUCAUCAAAAGCUAGGACAGAGGCUAAGGUACACUUCUUGUGCAGUGGUCAUUCACAUAUAGUGUCAGUUGUAGAUGUUUAUGCCAUCAGCUUUAAGUUCCCUGGAGAAAUGAGACCAGUGCCUAGAGUUUUGAUGGUCAUGGAGUUGAUGGAAGGAGGUGAACUGUUUGAGCUGGUCAGAACAAAAAGAAGAUUCACUGAGAAAGAGGCUGUUAAUUUUACUAAACAAAUUGCCCUAGCAGUUUACCAUUGUCAUUUAUUUAAUGUGGCUCACCGAGAUCUUAAACCCGAAAACUUACUUCUUCUGGACAAAAGUGAGAAAGUGAUCAUCAAGCUUGCUGAUUUUGGUUUUGCCAAGAUUGAUCGUGGAGAUCUUGUUACACCACAGUUUACUCCUUAUUAUGUGUCCCCUCAGGUGUUGGAGGCCCAAAGAAUUCACCGAGCACAGAAGUCUGGAAGAUUUCCUUUCUUAACAAAGCCCUACACAUAUGACAAGAGCUGCGACAUGUGGUCGUUGGGCGUGGUCAUCUACAUCAUGCUAUGUGGCUAUCCACCAUUCUACUCUGAGGUGCCUCGCAAACAACUAUCACAGGGAAUGAGAAAAAGGAUCAUGGCCGGUGAAUAUGACUACCCUGACAAGGAAUGGUCAAAGAUUUCCGCAGAAGCAAAAGAUGUGAUAGCCAGCUUGUUGCGAGUGGAACCAGCGCAAAGAAUGACAGUCACUGAGCUUCUUGAACACCAGUGGCUCAACGAGGGCGCUGUUCCUGAUGUCCCACUGGACACACCUUCAAUUAUUGUGUCAGAUGAGGAAGCAUUUCGUGAGGCGAUGAAUGCACACUCAGCUCAGCUGACCAAGAUGAGGUUACCGGACCGUUCAGUGACGCUGAAGGCCGUGUCCGUUGCUAAAAACCCGAUACUGAUAAAGAGAAAGAACAUAUUUAAACUGAGUUCGUUCCUGAACAAAAACAACUCGGCUUCAGCAACAGCUACAGACGGCAAUCGAACGAGAAACGACGAGUCUAUCAAGUCACUAAGAGACGUGAUAGCGUUCUGUAUGCUACCUCCUGCUCCUGCUCCUGAUGGCGCCGCGGCAGAAUCUUUCUGUCACGAAAAAGAACUCAAAAGACUGGUAUGUCAUGCAGUGGAAAAGAAUCCGUACUCACAGCGACUGAACGAAGUUCUCAUCAAGCAGUCAUGGGAUGGGGAUUCCUUUGCCGGACCUGUAGACAGGCGCCUGUUGGCAAAAGACAUCAGUGACAUUGUCAAGAAAAUGUGACUAAGCUGUUCGGACGAGCAUAAUUUAUCUCGGAGCUUGUGGAUGGACUCAGAGGACAGUCAGAAAGAGAACAGAGAGGACAAGGACAGAAUGAGAUGUACAGGAAUUUUGUGUGGAGUGUUGUAAAGCUGAUCAUUUUGUCGGCACGAGGGUAGCACUCGGUGUUUCUAAGCAAAAACACGUAUUUUAACUGAUCACUCACGAACGCGGGAAAACAUGGAACCGAUGGAAAAGCGCGGGAAAAUCAGUUUGCUCACUGAUGGCAAGCGCGGGAAAAUCAAGCCGCGAUUGGCUUUGAUUUUGCUUCUGAUUGGCUGUGAAGACAGUAUCUUUGGCGUUCCGAUUGGUCAAAAUGAACCAAUAUUUCUGCGAAACAACCAAACCGCCUGAGAAAUGUUUUUCUACUGCUGCGUGGAGACUUCAGCAACAUGAAAAUUAUCCUCUGGUUCAUAUGUUCAGUCAUUGAGGAGAACAACCGAGAUUAACUAAGACUUAAAUGUUUAGAAGGCUGUAAUCUGAAGAAAGUGGAAGUGAAGUGGUGAAUUAAACUGAGUUGUCGGUGUAACGAAGACGUUAGCUCUACAGAAUUAGAAAGGUAGGCAGACUUGUUGAUAGCUAGAACUGGUAUCAAAGUGUUGGUGUAGGUAGAUAAAAAAGUGCGCGCUUCAGUGGUUGUGACGGGAAUGCAGAUUUUGAAUUUCGGCCCCAGUUUGACUGCCCUACCAUCUACGAUGGAAAGCGUAGUUUUAUUGUUUAAUUGUUUUGUUUUGUUUCUGCGAAACAGGAAGCAUCGAUUACAUCACGAACUUCGACUUCGUGUUACGACGGCUUACUUCGUGAAACUGCGCUUCUACUGGCCGCUACAAUCUAUGACAAAGUCCUCAGUUUGGGAUACCUUACCCAGACAGAAAUAGGGACUGAUUCGUAUCAAAAAUGUUUUACUUCGAACUCCUUGUUCAAAGCUAGCGGUUGAACCCCUGAACGGUGUUUCAAAUUUGGAGUCAUUCUGUUUAAUCACAAUACACAACAUUGAAAGAACGAAUUACAUUGUGUCACAAGUUUUACAGAAAGCUGCAAAAACAUAAAGAAAGCGUAUUUCUUUGUACUGGUAGUAUAGUGUUUCUGUAACCAAAAAAAAAGGAAAAAAACAUUUCCGAGUUGCCCUUACUCCUGUUUCAAAACGAGACUGGCCAACCUUUCACACGGAAAUGAGAUUUUCUUGCUCGUUCAUUGUCUUGUAAAUCAAAGUUAUUUUCAUAUAAAAGGUUGUGCUUCAGGACUCGUUUCAUCCUCGGAGACCCAAGUGCUGCUAGUCGGGACGAUGUGAUAUUUUCGGGCGAAAGUUUACUCCAAGGGAAAAUAUCACACCGUUUCGGCUAGCAGCCCCUGGGUCGCCGAGGAUGGAGGUAAAAAGCAACUCGUAGCUGACUUGAGCAAGUGAGUUUACUGGUAUCUGUUUCUCUUGAACUUUUCUGUACCCAUCAAUGCUGAUUACUCUGUAACCUAACUUUCACUGAUGAUUUUCUUUAUCACGUUGUGUCUCGUAAAUCUAAACCAAAAGGCCACAGUUAUAAAUUAAUAUGACAAAUAUUAGUCAACCGUUAAGUGAGAUACUGUCGGUUGUGCUCAAUUAUUUAGUAAUCGACCUGAUGUUACUUGUUUUGUUCACCACAUGUUCUUGGCCCAAACACAGACGGGCAUUGUGUCCUCAGUAAAUAAAGGUCUAUCUUGAGUGUGUC